AUGAUAUAUGAUGUAAACUUCAUAGUUGAAAUUAUCAACCAUAAGUUGACAUAUCUCCGCCCUGAAAGGUUUGAUAUCGACCCGUCAGAUAGCUCUAGUACGCAAGCUUGGAUACAUUGGCGUAAAACUUUCGAAAACUUCAUUUUCGUGCAGAAGCCGACCGCUUCAGAAACAGAUGCACAGUCGGUUCGUCCGCCAGAAAAAUGGGACAGCAUAAAGUUUCAACUUUUGGUAAACCAUAUAUCACCAAAUAUCUACACAUAUAUAAGCGAAGCUACGAACUACGAAGAAGCGAUCACAAUACUGCAAAAACUGUAUGUAAAACCAAAAAAUCUGAUUUUUGCUAGACACGUGUUAGCAACAAGGAAACAACGACCAGAAGAAAGUAUUGACACAUAUUUACAAGCUUUGAAACUACUUUCUAAAGAUUGUGAUUUUGUGGCUGUUGAUGCAGAAACAAACAAAAACGAUAGCGUACGUGAUGCUUUCAUAUCCGGUAUAUCAUCGCAUAAAAUCAGACAAAGGCUUUUAGAAAACUUAACUCUAACACUUGAUCAAGCUUACAACCAAGCACUCUCUCUAGAAACUGCAGAGAUCACCUCUCAAAACUUCAAUACUGUCUCUUUAAAUGCUGUUGCUCCAAAAGAACCAACAUUAGUCUCUUCGAAAUCACAAACUCUGCACAACGAGACCUGCUCUUCUGUUAAUAAUCCUCGACGACAAAUAUGUUUCUUUUGUGGGGGUCAAAUACAUCCUCGUAAGAACUGCCCUGCAUUUGAAAAUACUUGUCAGCUCUGCAACAGAAGGGGCACUUUGCCACUGUUUGUAGAAGCUCUUCUAAAUCUACAAAUUCUGUGGUAG